CGGUUUGCGCUGCGGUCGUUUCGCACCAACGUCGUUGCCGUCGGCCACAUUUUGAUGUGUCACCUCUUUAUGACCCACAACACACCACCGGGUUGAUCGAGUUUGUGUCCACUGGAAAGGUGACACUGUGAGAGCGGGUGUGCCCAAAUCGCACUACCAGGCCAUGUACGGCGAGUGAGGUGCCGAUUGGCCUAGCGCACGUAGCGAACCAACCGAAGAAUAUUUGCCAUUUACGCCAUAUUGGAUCGUGACUCUAUACUACCUGGUCGUACGAUUUCUUGCAAAACUCUGCAUUCGACUCUCUUGCUCUCGUUCUCUUUGCUUCACCGACGUUGAAAAGAGUCCUGUCCUGCCAACGGAGAGUCACGAUUACCACAGAAUCGACCACGGCCAUUGUGAGUGCAUUCCGUUCUCGCUUAGCCGGCUCUGGCGUGACCGAGUAACCGCGGUGAUGUUUUUCGGUCUAGAACAAAGUGUUAAGUGAGCAAACAGUAGAUGUUGUUGAUGGUGUCGCGCGAUUCACGGUGCUGAUACCACCUUGGAAGUGUAUUCGUGGCCUAACUUAACCUGCCUGGCGCUUGGCGCAACGACGCGUGGGACACGCUGUGGAACGGUAUUGGCUCCAAACCGCCUUGACUCCUCGCACGAAUUUCCACCUUCAACGUAACCGUAACACAGUGUAGUCAGGCAACCCCAAACCGCCCACCAGCCCCACCCCCCCGUGGGAUACUCAUACUCAGGACCACCACCAGUUUUGGCUAAAAAUAGUGAGUCCGAGAUAUUUUUACCAGCAUCUCAUCAGCGCACUACGGCAGUAGCAGCAGCAGCAGCAAACACAGGCGGCUUCUUCCCCAAAUGGUCCAAGUGGUUGGUCCAAGCGUGUAGCGGUGUGUACCGGUGCGCCAAGGGGACGCGCGCGCGCGCGUUUGUGUGUGUGUGUGUAUACGUGUCGUUAAACGUAUGACUCAAAAGGUGAUACGCAUUAACUCAAACCAGAAGAUCUGCCGUGAUCUACGAAUAUUCGUAAAAGAAAGUGUACGUUUAGCUGCAAGGUGUAGCUAGGAGGUGUUGGUGAAGUUUGGUGAAGUGAUACACUUGAUCGAAAGUAUCCACUAUUUGGAGUGAGUUUUCCGCGAAUCCUUGAAAUCCUUCGAGCCUUCGAGCGUUUCCAUGUGUACACUGGCGACACUAGCGAGCUCCCGGGCGACACCAGGCUUCGCGGGUAGCAGGAUGGGUCUAGACGCACUGCAGCAGAGACAGGGGAGUGCCGGUAGUGCGGGUAGUGGGGGCGAUUCGGGCGACAGUCUUGGCACGUCUCCCACGGCCCUGCACUGGUACUAUCUGGCCAACUUGGAUCCACUUUCGAGCGAUUCCUUACAGAGCUCGAAGCUGUUCCCACCAACUGUCUGGGCUGGAGGGGAGUCUAUACAUUCGCGUCUCGCUAGGGCCAGAUCACCGACAACGACGACGACGAGACACGACGAACGUAACACGCAGGAUGACGAAGAGGAUGAGGAUCGUUCGGAUUCUCCCUUGCUGGCUGACGAACUAGCCGAACUGUGUGAUCAGUUCGUUGAUCUGGGACUAUUCUCAGGAUACAAUGACGGAGGAGGUUUCCACGGUACCGGAUUCGGCAGCCAUACGGGCAACCUCGGUAACAACCAUGUCGGUUCCCACCUGUACGGUGUCCUACCGACUAGGUCGAGAGAUCAUGGUUCAGCAUUAAGUGGAGCUAGCUAUGGACGAGCGGUUUCACCCUCUCGUAUUGUUAAUCAUGCAGCUCCAAAGCCACAACUGCCACUGACGCGACCAUCCCUGCAGCAACAGCAGCAUCAUCCUCAUCAGCAGCAGCAGUACUAUCACCACCACCACCAACAACAUUUGCAUUCAGGAGUAUCUUCCGGGUUAGGAAGUGCACACCUCGCUUGUCAGCACUUUCACCACGAUGGCUUUGAGCCACAGCAUCACCAUCAUCACCAUCUGCCGCCGCAUCACCAUCACCAGAAUGUGAUUCCAGGAAUCCACUCGCCACCGGCGCCAUUGCAGCAACAGCAACAACAGCAGCAACUACAGAAUGGCAGCAAGUACAGCAAAGUGCCUCCGGUGAACUAUCUCUGCCAUUUGUGUUUCAAGAAGGGACACUACAUACGCGAUUGUCCUCAGGCUCGCCCAAAGGCAGAAGGGAAAACACCGUACCAGGGCAAGAAGCGCUGCUUCGGCGAGUACAAGUGUCCCAAGUGUAAGCGAAAGUGGAUGUCGGGCAAUUCGUGGGCGAACCAUGGCCAGGAGUGCAUCAAGUGUCACAUCAACGUGUACCCGCACAAGCAGCGCCCUCUGGAGAAACCGGACGGUCUGGAUGUGUCGGAUCAAUCGAAGGUCCAUCCGCAGAUGCUGUGCGAGAAGUGCAAAACGCUCGGUUACUACUGCCGGAGAAUACAGUAGCAGGACCGAUUCAGAGGACGAUCGACGAUGAUGAUGAUGGAACGAAAGGAACCGAUCAAUCCAUUCAGCUCACCGAACACACACACAUACACACCACGCUCACGGAAGAAGUGGGAUGUUCUUCUCUCAAUUUGUACAUAAUUCACUCGGCGAAAGUGAUCUUUUGAUCCCUCCCGUCCCCCUCCCAGCAGCACCAUUAGAGAACCAAAUCGACCAUUUUCACGAAUCUCUCAAUCGCACCGACAAAAAAAACCAGCGAUAAAGUCCGAUAUUAGAAAACGGGAAAGGCGGGCACAUCAAGGUCCUGCGGAACUUGCGCCCGCCCGCCCCCCCUUAAACCUAUCCUCGCUCGCAUACGCUAGGUAUGAUUUGUAUUAUUUUUUGAACGCCAAAAAACUUAAAUCCGACGCCGUCCGUGGAACGUGUGGAGACGGCGGAAGCAUUAUGGAAAUCCAAACGAGUAUGGCCGUAUGCCACAA